CAAACAGAACGUAUAUAUUUAUAUGUCGUCUUUCGGAAUAUUUUUUCAGUUGAAAUAUGUAAAUUAUAUAAUUCUUAAUUCGUGUCCAUUCGAUUGUUGGUAAUGAUAGUUUAAAACGAAAGAUGGACAAAUAUUCUUUGUAAUCUAAUGUAUUUGUGGAUGUAAACGCUUUUGGAUCAAGAUUAUUUUAGCAAAGACUGUCAGCCGUCGGCGGUUUUGACUUUGAGAGAUGAAAGUCGAUAGAUUAACAGAAUAUCUUGUUCUUUUUAAUGUGUUGGCGUGUUUGUUUGAAGGAAUAUAUGCUUCAGAUGGAAUAUCAAAAACAAUAACUAUUCCUUUGAGGAAGUACAGGGACACAAACAAGACUAAAGAGAAACGAGAUUUGUCAGAGUCGCAGUCAGACAUUAGUCCAAAAUAUCAUGACAAUUUAUCAGGCCGACCAGGGCAAGGUUACUAUCUGGCAAUUCAACUUGGAACACCACCGCAAUCGGUAAGCUUCCGUAAUAACUUCAAAAGACUAAAAUGCUUAAAAAUGAAACACAUGUAUGUUCGUUUGAUCUAAGCAAAAGCUUGCGCUUUUUGAGCAUUUCUACGGACUACGGGUACUGUAGGCGUGGUGUUCAAACGAUUGAAAUGUGUUUGAAAAAAUUGCUCCAAACCGCUUUGACAAAUAUUUCCUUGUUACGUCUUACUGUAUUUUAUGUUUUAUUUGAAUCACAAUUAUAUUCUUGCAUGUAAUACACAAAAUGUGAUUUUGUGUAAAAUUGUAGAUUAAAGAUUCAUAAACGUCUGGGCUAAAGAUAUAUAAUUUCAGGUGGCAUUAAACGCUUAUUAUUUUUCCGCUUAUUUUAGGUUUUUUUGUCUGUAGACAAUAUCAGUGUUUGUUUUUGUAGACAUUAAUGUUAAUGUAGACAUUAUCAAUAUUUUACAACUCAGAAGCUUCAUAUGGAAGUGUUAUUUAGGUCCACCAUGUGCAACUACUGUGCUUGAUAGCUUGUAUAUGACCCUGGCAUAUGUACUCCAAGUGCAUAAAGGUGUCACAAUUGCCGAUUUUCUCAUGAACAGGAAUCAAGUGGCAUCAGCAGAUAUUUUCAUAUGCCAGAAUGACAAUCAUAUCAAACUAGUCUUAUCAUGUAAAUGGGCCUUUCUAGAAAGCUGUACCUUUUCAAUAUUAAAACAAAGUUUUAAAUGUGUGUUUAUCUGAUAUUUUAUAAUGUUCACAUUUCUAUGUAUUUCUUUAAUAUAAACUAGUUCUCAUUAUUAUGUUAGACUAGAUUAUGCAAAUUCAUCUUGUCCAUUUAUUCUCACAGGAAUUUAUAUGGUUAGCUGUUCCUAAAUUUAUCUGCUUCCAUGCUUUGUAAUUGCAUGCAUAAGGGGGAAUUGUAUAAGUUUGAGCAUGGAUGUAAUGAAUUCAUUCAAUCCCACCAUGCAAAACACAAAUUAGAUUACACAUUUUUUAGUUAUCAAACUAUAAUUCAUAAUCUGCUACUUUAAUAAAUAUAAAUCUGUUUGGUAAUUGAAAAAUUAUCAAACAAAGAAAUUCACAGAUCAUCAAAACAGUUGUUUCCAGCAGUAAUAAAUAAUUAAGUACUUGUUUUUGGAAGAGUCUGGAAAUGCAUAAUUCUCACACACUGCUGGAAGCUGCUGCUCACCAGCUGUGCUCACCAGGGUGCAUUCUAUGUAAAUGGUACCUUGAUUGCUCGAAUAUAUGCCAAAAGGUACUUGUGUUAUAACAAUCAGCAGUACCACACUGCCAAACAGGAAAAUGUUCAGAUCAUGUUUAAUCAAAAAGUGUAUAUAAUAGUGAAAAACCUAAAUAAUUUGCUGAAAGCAAGAAUGCACCAGAUAUUUAACCCGUAAAGUUGCAUUGCUCCCUAAUGCACUAUACUUUAUUAUUUUACUUUGUCAAAUGCCAGAUGAUUUUAUUCUUUGUACCUUUUUUCUGUUGGCAAAUAAAACAAAUGGUAAAGCACAUAAAGUUUGUCCUGCUGCCUUGUACUUUUAUCAUUUAUGGACUUUCCGCGCAGGGGAUCACCAAAAUAGAGCCGAUCUUUAACUGGAAACCAUUAAGGUUGCAAUUAUAAUUAAUAAAGGUGCCCCGUCAUCAUAUUUUAUACUUAACCUGUGAUAGUAGAGGGUGGGAAAGGGUUUUUUCGUGAGCCGUGAAUGGUCAAUAUUUGUUCGUGUGAAAUGAUUGAUUUUAGUGUCGUGAAAUGUGAUUUGUUCUACAGCUGUGAAGCAUGAUUGUCGAUAAACAUGCUCCGUGAAAUGAGAAUUAAGGAUGUCUGUUUCGUGAACUGUGAUUUUGCUUUGUUUAUUUCGAUCUAUUUUAUAAUAUAGUCAUAAAUAAAUAAACAUGAUACGUGAUAAUCAACUUAUAUGAUCUCACUCGAUUGCAUAAGAGUAAAAACUUCGGAGGCCUUUCGGAGGUCAUCAUACAUGCUCGUAACUCAAACUUGUAAGUUAUGAUGUAGUUUUUAACUGCCAGGCAGAGAAGUGAGAGAACUUAAAGCAUAGAUACUGACAUACUGUACCAUGCAUUAAACAUACUCUUAAUAAACCUAUUAUUAUUAUAUUAUUUUAUUAGAAUCUAGUUUUUCGUGAAAUUGCUUUUUAAGACAUGUGAAUCGUGAAACAGCUUUUUUUUUCGUUGUGAAACGUGAUCAGGGACGCCGGAACUGGGGGGACAGGAGGGGCAGCUGCCCCCGUUGCCCUUUACCAGGAGGGGCAAGGGGGCAAAGGUGCCCUUUCAAUUUAAAGGAUUGCCUUGGCGAAAUAGCAAAUUGUCAGAAAUGUUAGUGUGAUUCUUCUACGAAUUUGCUUCAGAAAACGCAAGAAAUGCAGUCAUCGAGCUUCAAGAAUAGCACAAUCGCCUGGCGGAGAACCCCCUCACACCCCUAUCAUCCAAUAAAUAAAAACAUGAUUAGGCGAAAUUCAACUCCCAAUGUUUUGCAAACAUCUCUUAGUACAUAUCAAUUCAAAAGUGCCCUUUCACGAAAAUCUGCCCCCCCCCCUUGCCUUCACAUUGUUCCGGCGUCCCUGAACGUGAUCCAUAUCCCCCCUUUCCCACCCUCAUAAUAUGUGGCAGCAACAUUUAUAAUAUAAUCCCUUUGUAUAACAUUACAGUGUACCUCUGCCAUACACUCAAGUUACUUUUGCCAGUUAUAGAAUCACUAAUACAUGCACAAAGAUUUAGGAUUUUAUUAGAAUUUGCACAUUUAUACAUAAAUACACAAAAUACAUAAAAUAUUACAGAAUACAGAAAACUAUAAAUACCAUAGUUUACAUUAUAAGCGGUUAUGAAAAGCAGUUAUGAAAGUAACAGUUGUGCACAGUGAUCAAAGUAACCUAGGCUUUCGAGUUGAUCACUGCCACACAUGUGCUCCAAAACUUUAUUUAAUAUUAUUAGUUGUACAAACUUUUAUGGACAAUAUAGAUUAAUAUAUUAUUUAUAUAUAACACUUUUUUAGACAAUAUUUCUAUCUUCAUGUGACUUCCUUCAGUGUUAACUCUUUGAGAGUGUAAAAUGAAGUCACUAGCGUUUGUUCAUAAAUAUCAUUUGCCUAUAAACCUUACACUGCUAUCACCUUAGUAUACAGUAUAUACACAAACUUGUGAUUGGGGUUCGAACAGCUGGGCUCUGUAGAAGGCUUAUAUAGUAACAUAUUAUGUUGUCUUCUAAUUUUCUAAAGAUUUCUUUGUCUUCUAAUUUUACCUCAUCAAGCAUGCACGGGCAAAUUAGAAGACAUUCACAUUCCCUUUCAGAACAAUGAAAAUCGAGGCGAUCAUGUUAUUAUUAUACAAAUAGUACGCUCAUUUAGGGAAGCAAAAUUAGGUUAUUUGAAAAUAUUUGUUGGUCCCAAAACAUCAUCAUGCGUACGUACGAAACAACGGUUUAACCCCCCCCCCACUGUAUGCAAAUGUACACUUCGAUCAUACCAACUCCCACCUCCCCCUGCGUACAUACUAAAUGGAUGCCCCCCUACUAAAACCUUCAAUAUUAAUUAGUGAUUUUUGACACAGUCGAUAUCAUGCACUGUUACAUAAUUAUUAACUAAUCAACUUUCUUCCUAUCCAACUUUUACUGUCAUGAUUACAUAAAUGGAUUUAGCUCAUCAACUAAGCUAAAUUACCCAGGGGCCAAUUGUAUAAAAAGGUAUUUUAUUAAUACACUACAGUUACACCCGUAUUCUAAAAGCUCACUCACACUCACAUUCAAUGAGUGGAAGUUCAAUCUGAGCUUCUCUCGAGUGUCAUUGCUGUUUUUAAAUAGCUGGAGGGCUAGUGUCAUACUUUACUAUGUGACUACUGAGUCUCCAGCUAUUCAAAAACAGCAUUGACACUCAAGAGAAGCUCAGAUUGAACCUCCACUCAUUGAGUGUGAGUGAGCUUUUAGAAUACGGGCGUUAGUGUGAAAGCUAACAAUCAAAAUCACGUAGUUUAGAGUCACCUACGAUUAAUUUAACUAUACAAAAUAGUGCAUUAGUGGUUAAAAAGUGUUAAGAGUUUUAUACAUACAAGCGGCCCCAGAAGUGUUGGACCAGACUGUCGAGCAAUAGUAUAAUUUGCCAAAGAAAGACGAGACUGUUUAUGAUAAGUUCCAAUGUUUCUUGAUCAAAACACUUAAUCCAUCGAAUACAAGACAUUGAGAGGAAUUGUGGCUCAGAAAGUUUUUACAACUUCAGUGAUCGGCUGUCUGCCAGGCUCGCACCACAAAAAAGAUGGAAUGCAAAAAUGUUAAACCAGUGGCAGUGAUCGACAUUGUGUGAGUACCAGCAACACUGCACCCAAGAAUUAAGGCAGAGCUUGAUCGAAUGGAAAGUAUUGACGAGUCAGCCCGGUUGGUGAGCGUGGGUAUCCUCCGUGGUAGCAGUCGUGAAACCAGAUAAUUCACUUGAGAAUCUAAAUCAAGCAACGGGAACACUACAGUCUACGCAAGAACGACCAUUGAAGAGGUUGUUUGGAGAUUGUCCGGCGCAAAAGUGUUCUCUUCUUUGGGUGCUGCCAGUGGUUUCUGGAAAAUCCAAUAGGCGAUUGCCGAAUUGCGGUCGAAUGCCCGAAGGCAAAGAUAAUAAUUGCAUGAGAACGAAGCUUUCUGCUAAAUUUUAAUAUUUCUAUAGCAAAUUAGCAGCAAGCCUCGACUGGGAUGCCCGAGCCUAUAUGCGAAAAGAUGAGCAACGUUUCAUGGGAAUGAUUCAGUGAUUUCGCCAAAUUAAUAACUGUCCUUAUAAUAAGUAUUACGAUGUGAAGAAGUCUGUAAUCAGAGAGUUUAAGCUUCGCGUUUAUACGGCAAACGGCAAACGCCAGGCAAAGAAAUUUUACGGUAUAAGGCAAUAAAGAGUAAAUGAACUUGUUGUUUUAAAACUGCAAUGCAUAAUUAUUCUUUCGACACAAAAAAUAAAAUAUGAAACGAAAACGUUCAACGAAAAUUUUGCAAAGAAAAUUUGAACCUGCAGUUUGCCGUUGCCUGGAAACGUGAAGCUUAAAGUUCUUAUGAAACGAAAUUUUUGCCUCAUUUUUUAUUGUUUUAUUAAAAGGUACUGCUCAAAUGAUGAAGAAUGACGUUUACAGUUUAUUCGUAUCUCAUCUCAUUCCCAAGUUAUCGCACUUUGUAUAUUUUGAGUUGUGACGUCACAAGAAGGACUUGAAAUAAUGGCAAUAAGUUGGUGACCGUUUAAUAAAAUUCAAUGAAACUUGGCACACUGAGUGGGUGUACCAAAGUCAACAAUUUGGCUUGUUUAUAUGGUUGUCAUGUCAACACACUCGUCCCCAGUCCCUUCUCUUCCAAUUUCUAUGUGAUCCAUUUCCAACGAAAUAAAUAGCAAUUUCUGCAAUUUUCGCUCAUUAAUAUAAUACGUGUAGGUAUUGUGAUCAGUUUAAGAGCGACUGUCCGUAAAAAUCGAGCAAACAGUGGCAAUAGAUGAAAAAUAGAUUUCUUUCAUAUUUUGCUCAAAUUUAGGUAAUACCUAGUUAUAAAUGGUGUUUGGGUUAGAUAUUCAAUAUUUGGUCGAUAAACGUACAAAUAUCAGAAACCAAGAAUUUGUCUCCGGAAGGCUAUAAUUAGCCGCAGACAAUGCCGUUGCCAUGGUCAAUUUCAUCACUUCGCGACAGAUUCAAAACUGAUCGUAGAUAGUUUUGAUGGUUUAAUGACUAUAAUUCAAGUAUUAAAGAACAAUUUUAUCAAUAUAGAAUGGCCCAGGAGGCUUUAACUGGCCUGACAGACGUUGUUGAAAUUGGCUAUUUUUAGCCAAAUUUUACAAUUGCAUUUUGUCACUGGAUUUGAAGGGGAAAUUUACUAUGUGCGAUAAUCGUGAAUUUGUUUAUAUUUCAUCCACGGAAUGGUAUAGCAUGGGUACAUGUUAUAUAUAAAAGCUAGCGUGGGUUAUUGCCUUGGAGCCUCACGCGAGACUUUUAAAAAAGCUCAUUUUGGUGAUUUCCAGUGGAAUGUAACACAAUUAAAUCAUUAGGCCCAUACGUCUAUACCAGAGUCACGAAGCUCAAAUUGUUCAAAACUUUGAAUUUUGUGUUUCGAUAUCAAUGUAUAUGCUUUGUAUACUUUAUAAAGAAUCGUUUAGAAGGAUUUUCAAUAUAUUUUAGUGAUAGGCCUACUUACAACAAAAGCACAACAAAUCAUCAUAUCAUUAUACUAGACUGUAACGUUGCUAUUUAUAGCAAUUCGCGUGUUGUUACUGAAUGUAUAUUUAAUAUGUCUGCAGUCUGUAAGCUUUUGAAGUCUUAUAAUUUCUCAUUUUUGUUUAAUGCUUUCUCUGCAUAUGUAAACUAAUAGAAUUAAAGCUAGGUAAGUACAAUAAAAGUACAUAAGUUGGAACAUGUAUAUGUUUACACUUUACGCUAGACAUUUUCCUGGACUCUCCUGUUACGAAACUAACAAACAGGUGAGCUUCUUCUACAUAUGCUACAAAUAAGAAAAAGAUAUAUGUACAUGAGCAAAAUAAAAAUUGUCAAUAACUCAAAAUGGUUGUCGAAAACUCAAAAUGGAAGCGACAAGGAGCGACUUCGAUGUUUUGCCCGAAAAUGCAAGCGGAAUAAUGAACGUGACAAAAUAAAAGGAGAAAUAAUUAUAGUCUACGCCUCCUGGUCUUAAUUUAAACGGUAAUUUUUAAUUUAAAUUCUGUUUCUUUAUAGAUUUUUACUGUAAUGUUAGAAAACUUUUUAUUAAUAUCUAAACUACCCGUCUAAUGUAUUUUUUUGUUUGUUUCAAUUACCUUAAAUAAUUAAAUAGCAAUGUUUUUAAAAGUUUACGAUUUGGCAUGAGCAGAUGUUUCCCCGCGGUGUUCGUUUCCACCAUUUCCAGCGAAAUAAAAACCAAUUUCUGCAAUUUCCGCUUAUUACGAUAGUAUUCAUAGGUGUUGUGAUAAUUGUAAACCCAAGGCUGCAAGAUUACCACUGAAAAAGGAAUUAAUUCCAAUUACAAUUACUUGCUUUAAAAUGUAAUAAAUUCUUGAUUACAAUUACUUGUUCUAAAAUGAAAUUAAGUACAAUGAAAAAAUUACUGCGGAAAAAAGGAAUUAAUUACAAAUUCCUUUACCGGCAAAUUGUUACUAUAUAUAUUAUAAUAUCUUAAACAGUAGUUGUAAAUAAAAACGGCAUAAACUAUGAAAUUUGCAAGAAUUUAUCAAGAUGAUAUUUCAAUAUAUUAAAAAUUUUACAUGCAAAUCGAAGCAUGUAAACUCUUGAAACUUUAUUUGCCAAUAUUUGGCGCUCUGAGCCUCGGAACAAAUUGUGGUUCCACUUUCGCAAUAAAUUAAAUAGUACUUCAUGUAGGCUAUCGUGUCAUGUGCAGUGAUCUCGUUGAAAAUUAUUUCAGCCAUUUUUCUGAAUUUUUGUCGUAACGUUGUAUUUUUUAUUUCUCACUUUUAACAAAAUAAGAAAAGGAAUUUUCAACUUGCUCCUUGGAAAAGGAACACGUUCCUUGCUUUUGUAAUUAAUUACGUUUUUCGUUACAUUUCCAAAAACGUAAUUAAUUAGAGGUUAAAAUUACUUCAAAUGUAACGAGUACACAGUAACGCGUUACAAUUGUAACAAGUAUUUACAGCCCUGCAUGUGUAAACCAUUGAAACGAGUAAACUAAAGUCUACAGGAGGAAUUUGUAAAAAAGAAGAGAAGCUAUAAACGAGUAAAGAGUGGGGACUAAUUAUUUGUUAUGGCAAAACAUAAAUAAUCCGAACUGUUCACUUGCAGGUGCACCCAUUACAGUGUAAACAUGCCAAGUUUGACUAAAUUUUAAAAGUUAUCAUCAAAGAUAUCAGACUUUCUUGACACGAUCUCACGGUGACGUCACAACGUCAAAAUAUUUAGAAAAGCGAGAUAAAUUGAAUAUGAAUAAACUGUUACAGUCAUUCUUCAUCAUUGAAGCUGUAUUUUUGAGCAAAACAAAACCUCUACAGAAAAUUAAAGAAUCAAUCAAUCAAGACUACGUUCAUUUCCACGCAGUGUAGGACAUCAUUUACAAAGGAUCUGCUUUAGCUACUGUUUUAAUAUUGUAGUUUACUUUUUUGUUUUUACUUAAUCCCCCAUCAAUAUAAAAACGUAAACUUAAAAAUAACACUGCUUGUUGUUUAUAGACAGUCAUAUUCUAUUUUAUAUAUAUAUAUAUACGAGCAGUGAGGCAGCUAUAAAUUUUAUACAGUUGUUAUUCAGUUGACAGCUAUAGUUUUUCAUUAUAAAGCGCUCAACAUUGGCAUUGAUUUUAUUUCCCAGAUUCCACUAACAAACAUUUUAAAAUUAUUUAUAUAUUCAUAGGUAUAUAGAUUUGCUUUGUAAAUAAUCUAAGAACUAAACUCAUCUUUGUCAACUUGUUUUUGGACCAGGAACUGGUCCCCAUGCAAUCGCUGCUAAUCUUGUUGUUGUUGUUGUUGUUGUUGUUGUUGUUGUUGUUGUUGUUGUUGUUGUUGUUGUUGUUGUUGUUGUUGUUGUUGUUGUUGUUGUUGUUGUUGUUGUUGUUGUUGUUGUUGUUGUUGUUGCUGCUGCUGCUGCUGCUGCUGCUGCUGCUGUUGUUGUUGUUGUUGUUGUUGUUGUUGUUGUUGUUGUUGUUGUUGUUGUUGUUGUUGUUGUUGUUGUUAGGGGGCAACGCUCUUUGAAAAAACCCUAAGACCUUAGUGAACUCAAUCUACGUUGCAAACUUCGAGAACAUUGGUUUCACAAGUGUCUAGUUAUUUGUUUAUCAAGUCAAAAUCUCGAAGGUUUUGAACGUUUAACGAUUUGCACAAGAUCGAAACUGGGUCACGCAGUUCCUGGUCCACUAUAGUACGAUCGUACUUGUUAUAUUAUUUUAUAGUCUUUUAUAUCGUAACAUGGUCUGAAAUAGACUACCUGACUGUCGCCUGAACUCAACCUCGUCCCCAGGGCCUUUUUGAGAAGCUGAACUACCGCAAAAUAAGCUUUUUUAAUUAAAAGUCUCGCGUGAGGCCCCACGGCAAUAACACAAACCAGUUUUUAUAUACAACAUGUAUCCAUGCUAUAGCAUUCCGUGGACGAAAUAUAAAAAAUUCACGAUUAUCGAUUCGCACAUAGUAUAAAUUAACCUUUCAACUUAUGUACUUUUAUUGUAUUUACCUAGCUUUAAUUCUAUUGGUUUACAUAUGCAGAGAAAGCAUUAAAUUAAACAAAAAUGAGAAAUUAUAAGACUUCAAAAGCUUACAGACUGCAGACAUAUUAAAUAUACAUUCAGUAACAACACGCGAAUUGCUAUAAAUAGCAACGUUACAUGCAGUCUAGUAAUGAUAUGAUGAUUGGUUGUGCUUUUGUUGUAAGUAGGCCUAUCACUAAAAUAUAUUGAAAAUCCUUCUAAACGAUUCUUUAUAAGGUAUAAAAAGCAUAUACAUUGAUAUCGAAACACAAAAUUCAAAGUUUUGAACAAUUUGAGCUUCGUGACUCUGGUAUAGACGUAUGGGCCUAAUGAUUUAAUUGCGUUACAUUCCACUAAAAAUCACCAAAAUGAGCUUUUUUAAAAGUCUCGCGUGAGGCUCCAAGGCAAUAACCCAAGCCAGUUUUUAUAUAUAACAUGUACCCAUGCUAUACCAUUCCGUGGAUGAAAUAUAAACAAAUUCACGAUUAUCGCACAUAGUAAAUUUCCCCUUCAAAUCCAGUGACAAAAUGCAAUUGUAAAAUUUGACUAAAAAUAGCCAAUUUCAACAACGUCUGUCAGGCCAGCUAAAGCCUCCUGGGCCAUUCCAUAUUGAUAAAAUUGUUCUUUAAUACUUGAAUUAUAGUCAUUAUGCCAUCAAAACUAUCUACGGGCAGUUUUGAAUCCGUCGCGAAGUGAUGAAACUGACCAUGGCAGCAGCUUUGUCUGCGGCUAAUUAUAGCCUCCUGGAGACAAAUUCUUGAUUUCUGAUAUUUGUACGUUUAUCGACCAAAUAUUGAAAAUCUAACCCAAACACCAUUUAUAACUAGGUAUUACCUUAAUUUGAGCAAAAUAUGAACGAAAUCUAUUUUUCGUGUAUUGCCGCAGAAUUCAAAUUUUGCUCGAUUUUUACGGACAGUCGCUCUUAAACCGUUAUAACAUGCAAACAUCCUCUGCAAGAGGUCUACAGGAGGACAUUUGUAAAAAGGAAGAGAAGAGACUGGGGACUAGUCUGUUGCCAUGGCAACCACAUGACCUUCCAAAAAUAUUCAUAUGGGUGCACCCACUAAGUGUGCCAAGUUUCAUUGAAUUUUAUUAAAUACUCACCAAGAUAUCAAACUUUCUUGUUAUUGCCAUUAUCUCAAGUCCUUCUUGUGAUGUCACAACUCAAAAUAUAGAAAGUGCGAUAACUUGGGAAUGAGAUGAGAUACGAAUAAACUGUAAACGUCAUUCUUCAUCAUUUGAGCAGUACCUUUUAAUAAAACAAUAAAAAUGAGGCAAAAAUUUCGUUUCAUAAGCACUUCCUAUACCGGGUGUCCCCAAAAAAAGUACUCCGAUUUGAUUCUUAAUAACUUCUAAACAAGUAAAGCUAUCGAACAGAAAUAACUUGCAUUAAAUAAAGAAAGGACUAACUUAGAUUUUGAUAUAUUACAGUUGUAUUUUACUUAAAAAUUCACGGAGAUAUUAAUGUUCAAAAUCGGGAGCAUAUUUUGCGAUGCGUCUAAAAUUAGCGAAAAUCGGCAUAUCAAAUAUUAACUUCAGCGUUUGUUUGCUUAAUGACAUGUCAGGCUAACUUGUAUUUCAGCGAAUUGACGUUAGGGUUUGCAGGGGCGGCGGAACAGAUUUCGUUCUGGGGGGGGCUAAAUUUUUUCGGCGACCUCCCCCCCCCCGUCGCCAAAAAAAUUUCGGUCAGUGUACCACUUUAGGGGUACAAUAUAACAAAAAAGGGACGAAAAAAAUUUUUCCGGACUUAUAUCAAAAAAAUUUUCCGGAAAUAGGUCUUUUUCAAACAAAAUAUUGCAAAUUUGUCCCCUUAUACCCAAAUUUUCAAAAAAUAACCUAAAUUUUUCCCUAAUUAUCAAAAUUUUUUCAAAAAAUUCAAAUUUUCUGGGGGGGCUAAGCCCCCCCACUUUUACUUCUGGGGGGCUUUAGCCCCCCUAGCCCCCCUGUUCCGCCGCCCCUGAGGGUUUGUAAGGGAUAUGGCGUAGAUUUAGACAUCUUACAUGUAAGUCUUAACUCAUUGUUUCUUGAAAUAUAUAAUAUAACGUUCGAAAUUAUCCAAGUAUUUAAUAGGUCUUUACAAACUUAAAGGUACAUGCAUGAAAGACCAUGCAAGGCAGGCGCUUAAAUUUUUAUUAAAUAGCCCACUUUUUUAUGUUUUUCAUGCAUGGGUUCAAAACAAAGUUGAUUAUUUCUCGGUUAGAGCAGGAUGGAUAUUAUUCCUUAAUGAAGGAAAUAAUAUUGCUUUUUGCAAAUACACAUCACAGUAUCAACGCUUCUAUUUUGUUACGUUUUGUUCCAAAAAUGUUGGAUGUCUCUGGGGAGUUGCUUGUUAUGUCUUUACUUAUGGAGUUGUAUGGUUUGAUCGUGUUUGAUUCUCAGUUUAUUCUGAACUUGCCAAGAUUAAGAAAGGCAAAAGAGUUUGGGUGUUUUAACAAGAUUUCAGAACGUUGCAGAAGUUAGAAAAUUCAUUCAAUGUGAAGUUAGAAAAUUCACAAUUCCAUUGCCAUGACAGCAUGCCCUAAUUCAAAACUAUACGAACGAUCCAUGACGAUCCUUCGCGAUGCAGUGGUCUCAUGAAAUAAGGAAAAGUAUUCGUGCUAGGAACACACGCGAAUUUCGGACAAAUAAAUCUUGCUUGUAUUUUGUAGAUAAUAAUACUUUGUUUCAUAAUAAACAAUUUGUCAAGUGUCUCUUAAUUACUGGUAAUAGUGCAUAUUUCAAUCGGGAAAAUCUUGAUUAUUAUUUGAUACGCCGUUUUUUGCAUAUUUCAGAUACAUCCAGAAAUAUGCUCCCGAUUUUAAACAUUAAUAUCUCCGUGAAUUUUUAAGUGAAAUACAACUGUAAUAUAUCGAUAUCUAAGUUAGUCCUUCCUCUAUUUGAUGCAAGUUAUUUCUCUUUAAAAGCUGUACUUGUUUAGAAGUUAUUACGAAUCAAACCGGAGUACUUUUUUUUGGGACACCCGGUAUUUCAGCCGACAGUAGCCAGUCAUGAUUGGGAGCAUUUUGUAUGCAAGAAAGGCAACCUGUAGCGUAUAUAGGUGUGGAGAUAUUGGACAACCACCCAACAAACCUAUGCACAGAUUGGAAAUACUGGGAAGUGUGUUCACGUGUGACUAGAAGUUUUACAACUGGCCAUGGAUUAAUUUCAAAAGUACAUAUAUGAGAAAGAAGUAGAAGUGGAGACGGAUCACAAGUCUUUUGAUCUAUACAUAUUUAUUAAGAAACAAAAAAAUUACAAGUCACCGACGAACAGUUACAACAUCAGUCAAUGGAGACAAAAGUUGUUCAAGAACGUUUACAGCAUUAUCGAGAACAGCGAAAACAAAAAAAUUGCAACUCUAAAUGAAGAAUGGAGAUGUGAUCAGAAUACAAAGUAUAUAUAUGGGUUUAAAAAGAAAGGUGAUUUUGUUCGAUCCUACAUGGUUGAAUCAUAGAAAUCUUAUAUACACUAGAUAGUGCAUCUAAUUAUUCUGCAAUUCAAAAAUUGAAGCCGUGAUUGCAGAAUCAGGAUAUUCCCAUGAAAUGAGAAGACUCGUAUGUUUUCUAUUUCUUAAACAGGGAACUUAAACAUUAAGUUAAACCUAUUCCAAAUACAUUUUCAAACUAUUCAAAUGAUGAAAGUUAUUGUUGUUUUGUAAGCGUUUAUUAGCAAGUGGGAAACACCAGCAUGGCCGCCAUCUAUUCAAAUGGAGGUAACCGCUGGAAUAUUCGUGGCUUCAAUUUUACUGAAAGAGAUGCGCUAUCUAGUGUAUAUAUAAGAUCUAUAUGGGUUGAAUCUGGUAAUCGACUGUACAAAAUAAAACGUAGAUAGAUAAUCAAAGAUGAUGAACCACCAGGUGUAGACGAACCUGAACAGACACGAGAAAUGCAAAGAGAAGAAAUGAAAGUUGAAGAAGGGCGAGAAGAACCAAUGGUACAAAACACCCGAUCAGGACGCAUAAUAAAACCAUCUGCACCAAGCAUUUUAAUAGAUACUAUUACACGGUUAUUAUGCAUUAGGAACUUUCGUACAGGAUAGAACUUGUUAGUUAUAAAAAUUUUAAAUAAGAAAUCACAAUUAAAAUUUAUUAGUCUUAAACUUCGACUUGAAUUAGAAGUGUUGUGUUGACAUGAUCUCGAAAAAGUGGAGGAGGUAGUAUAAGUAUAGAAUUAACUAUGUAGAAUGAUUAAUUAUGUAAAUUGUUUUAGUAUGCUAGAUAAGUAUAGUUCUUCGGGUUAUUCAUUUACAAGUAGUUUUAGCUUUGCUUAUCGCAUAAUAAAGACUAAUAUCGUACAAAAUUCUCAUAAAAACCAACGAUCCUUUGUAAAAUACAUGUACUCUGGUUUGAUCUCUUUUCAAAUAGGGGAUUGCAUUAAAACUUCAAUUAGUUCCAUGUGCGAGCAUUUGUUUUGUGCAUAUAAGAACUAUAAGAAGUAACGUUUUCCUGGGUUUAAUAAUAAGUAAUUAUUGAUGAUAGAUCGUUAUUGAUAGUCGAAGGAAAACCCGUUUCACAUUUUUGGGUGGGGGCUGCGAGUAUAGGCUAAAUAUAUCCCAGCCUGUUUGCAAUGUAUCCCAUGGCCAAAAACGUUUCUAAAUUUAUUAUCAGAAAUGUUAUUUGUUGCUCCCAAAUGUGAUCUACUAUAAAUAAAUUCUGCCAAUUCAGAUUGGAUUGUUCAAAUUGGAUUUUCACAUCUCUCUCGUAGCAGAGAUGUACUGUAGCACCUAAUUCAGUAAUAUAUGUAAAUCAUUGAAUACUGAUUAUAUUUUUGGUUUGAUUAUAUAAUUAGCCUUUCUCACGAAUGCCAAAAUCCGCCAGUUUUGGGGUAUACUGUCUGCCCUCGUAAAAGAUUCUAGACGAUUCAAACAGCGUGAAAAGCAACUUUUAAAAGUUGUAGUUGUUUGUAUAAUGGUGAAUUUACAGUUACAACACUAAAAAGUCGCAUUUUGUGGUGCGGAGACUCUCAAACGUGGGAGAGGCAGUGGGCAGUAUCCCCAAAAUGGCGGCAAAAUCGGCCAUUGGAAAGGCUAAUUAUAUAUCCACUGUAUAUCAAUGUGCCUAUCAGUGGAAGAGUCCAUGAUGAAAAAAGUGUUCAGUGUAAUUUAUGUUGCUGAGAAUAACUUAUGAAUAACUGUGGUUAGUGUUUGGUUUAAUUUCCAAUAUUUCUCACAUUUCUAGCUCAAUGUUCUUGUGGAUACUGGAAGCAGUAAUUUCGCUGUUGGUGCUUCAAAACACGAGUAUCUUCCAGCAUAUUUUCAUCGAAAAAAGUAAGAAGAUAAUACUUUGAUUUACUAUAGUAAACAAUUUUAAAUGCAAAUGGCGUCAAAAUCCGCCAUGAUUUCACGCGGUUGAAAACAGUCGAGCGGAAUUAGUACCAUCGCUAGGCGUGUUACUCCGGGGAUAAUCUAGUUUGCCGAUGCACCUCUCAAAUAACAACCAUCUCUAAUAAGUCUUCCUUUUUAGAGGAAAAGUCCCCCCUACCUCUCUAUUAAGCCCCAUCCUUCGCAACAAAAAAUUACAAGUUUACUGGUUGGAUUGUUUAAGGUUAGAGUCUGAACACCUUUGAGUAUUAAUUUUGCCUAAAUUUUUUUUAUUGGUUUCCAUGAAAGCAUUAGACUAGUUCUACUAUCUGACCAACUUUGGACGAAAAAUGUUGAAAACUCGCAGAGUUAUUUAAUAAAAUACAUUUCGCUUGCAAUAAGAAAAACAUUGAAAAUGUAAUAUUCAAAUUCAAUUUUCUCGCGAAGAAUUUUACGGCAAUUACUGAUUUUUAAACGAGUUGUGCUCCUGCGGGUUUUAACGAAUUGUUCUCAAAUUUUCACAGGACAUAGCUAAAGACGGCAGUUUCAAAAUUGUGUUCGGCUUUGUUCUAAUUUUGGAUAUUUUAAUAAUGAGCUAUUCACACAAACGAUUCAGAAAUAUAUUGCAGUCGUCAAAGAAAUCGCCAUAUCAGCGGAAUGACGAAAUAAACAAAAAUUUCCGAACACAAUUUUUUAGAACAACUAUUUUACUGUAUAAAAAUGAUAUUUUCAUAAAUAUAUCGUAAAACCAGCAGGAACAUAACUCAAAAGCGUAAAGGUACCGCGACUUAAUAUUUUCCUGAAUAAUUCUUACAUUAUUUUAUUGUUUGUCAAUUUUACAACUUUAUCAUAUUUUGCAUGCACUGGCUAACAUUUGGUGAAAAUUUGAUGAAAAUCGGACUGAUUUUGAGCGCGCAGUAGCGAUUUCCCACAAAACGCCAAAAAGGGUGUCCUGUAACCUUAAAUAUUGGCUCGGAAGUUCGCAUUAUAUUUCUUUAAUACUCACUGUAUCUCAGGCUAAUCAAUAAAUUCCCAAGCAUGACUUAAAUUAAUGAGCCACGUGGAUGGGGGAUAUAUAAUAGAAGAUGAAUCUAAGAGAGUAUUUCGUCAAUGUUGUACUAUGCGUAUGUUUUAAAUAAUUUGUACUACAUGUUUUUAGUAACCAUGAUUUAUCAAAUGAUUCAUACUAGGUCUUUAACCUACCGAAAUGAAGAUAGAGAUGUGUCUGUCAUGUAUACACAAGGUUGUUGGGAAGGUCGUCUUGGUUCGGACAUAUUGCGUUUCGUUGAUGGACCAAAUGCGACAGCUCGUGUUGAAGUUGCAAGUAUUCUUAGUUCUCAACAAUUCUUUAUUAAUGGAUCAAUGUGGGAAGGAAUCCUGGGUUUGGCAUAUGCAAGAUUAUCAAAGGUACACUAUUAUUGGGUACAUUUUCCCAGCCUGUAUGUCGCUGAAUAGCUACACAUGGUAUAUGAUAGCAAUAUAUAUCUCAUGCAGUAGAAGGUUUUGCAGAUGGAAAUUUCGAGUGUGAAUUUUAUACAUUUAUUAACCAGGAGUGGUUUUCGCAACUGCCUCUGGUUAGGUCUCAUGAAUGUAUAACAUCCACACAUGAAAUUUCCAUCAACAAAACCCUUCUACAAUUAGUUACAUCGAGUGUAGCCCAAAAUCCUGAUAGUAAUAUAACUGCGCCAUGCACAAAUGGGCUCCAUAGGAAUUUCUCUACUUUGUUAAAUGUUUGAAUGGUGCCAAAGGUCCAGUUUGGCUUAAAGGAUAUUAAAUCGUCAGAGAACUUUAUGAAACUACGAGUGCACAAUUUGCUAAUGAUAACAAGGAGUCAAAUACGAUCUCGGUAGUGUGUGAAUGACAAAUGUUUCACUCAUAGUGGUAAUCAUAAUCAUUAUACUCAUAAAUUAAAAGCUCUAUAUUAGUGGAGAGCAUUUCUGAUAUCGGACGAGCUUUCGUUCAGCCCAAAAUGACAUUUUCACUCGUUGGUGAGCGGAUUUCCCAACAAGCUAUUGCCCAAUCGAUAGGGGAUCCAAGGUACCUACGAUUUUAACUUCCUCAUGCCGAGAAGACGCGAAAGUCUAACCACUUACUCAAUUAUUUUAAGACCUUGAUUGAACUCGGAUCAGGGAUCUCCCAACUUGAAAAGCAAGUGUGGUGACCACGACGCCACAAGUGCUGGUCAUGUAACAUCAGCGUGAGAAAAUAAUGUUAAUGUUUGUCAUUAUAUGUAGUAGUGUUGUAUUUGGAGACAAAUAAAUAGAAUUGGGAGGUUCAUUUGCUUGCUCCAAAGAGUGGCAACAGUUCUGAAAUUGACCACCAUCAGUUCCCUCUGAUAAUUACUGAAAUUUACCAAUAGGGUACUGUUUAACUAUAGCUUUAUAUUGUUAUAUCUAGCCUGAUUCCAGUGUCGUCCCAGUUUUUGAUCAAUUUGUUGAAGAUGGUACUGUUCAGGAUUCAUUCUCAAUGCAGUUAUGUGGUAGUAGUGAGCUAGAUCCUAUAGCUGACCCAACUGUUGCUGGUACAAUGGUAUUUGGAGGCAUUGAUAGUAGUUUAUAUGAUGGUGAAAUGUUGUAUACACCUAUCGUGAAGAAAUGGUAUUAUGAAGUGAUUAUCACUGACAUUGCUGUCAAUACCAUGCAAGAAAGCCUUGGCUUGGACUGUAAGAAGGUAUAUACAAAUGUAUCUUGUUAUCAUAAAACAGAACCCGCUGCAAUCUCAGUGUGACAAUGACGAACAUACUAAACAUAGCCUAUUUUCUGCAACCAGGAUCAUUUUUACUUGUUUCCCAAAUCUAGAUCAGCAUGUGUCGAUUGUGUGCAUCAUUGCAAUUAUGCUUUGGGUAUUCAUAGCUGUUGCCAGAAUGGUUAUUCUGCGAUUCUUGUAUACAGGUGUAUACAAAAAACUGAACAGAUUUGAAAUUGCUCUCAAUUUCGCAAUACAGCUCGUGGUAUCAAGUUUUUGUUAUAUAGAGAUUCCUUGAGUACCCAUAAUGUCGAAUAAUGAAAAAAUACUCGAACUCAAAUUGUGUAAACCAGGGGGUGUUUCUUUUCCAACCAACUAAAAAUGGCUUGCGCACGAAAUUUACAAGUUAAGCCUUUAACUAUUAAGUUUUCCUAAAAAAGUAUUUCGCAUGCUUAAUUAAUGCCUUUACCUAAUUUGCAUAUUGCUGACAUAUGCAAAUUAGCCAAAGGCAUUAAUUAAGUUUGCAAAAGGCUGCUUUUUUUGGAAAAAAAUGUUUGUUUGCGUGAAUAGUUAAAGGACCUAAACUGAAGCAAAUUGUCUGAAAUUUUGUGCAGCAAUUUUAAAAACACCCAACACAAUUUUCACUCAAAAUACGAUUAAAGCUUUUAAAUUUCGUGCGCAAGCCAUUAUUAGUUUUGUUGGAAUAUAUCAAAAACAGGAUACUAAUAGCUGUUUUGCGAAAUUGAGAGCAAUUUCAAAUCUGUUCAGUUUUUUUUAUACACCCUGUAUAAUUAACCUGAUUGAUCCGAUUAUACAACAUUGAUUUAUACUAAGGACCGAUCAUCCGUCACUACGAACCGUGUCCAAACGAAUUAGCUAUACGUGUAUAUAACGACAAUGCUCCUGUUCGUCAAGACGAACUACGUGCGGUAAAUUCGUCUGAACUACACAGAUAACCUGUCUUGACCGCCCAUCAUAUCCUUCUAUUUAUCUUUGCCAAAGUUCGUCCAGAUAAAUAAGAUUUAAACUAGAGAAACCUCUACAUUACAAUGAACUUCAUGUAACACAUGCUUUGUUUUUAGUAUAACUACGACAAGACUAUCGUUGACAGUGGGACCACUCAUCUUCGUGUGUCUGCUAAUGUGUAUGACGGUAUCCUCAAUAAAAUCAAGAAAUACGUCAAGGUACGUACUUUAAAUUCUAAAAGCCCUCUCGUAAGACAUGGUCCUAUGGCUCCAUCACUCUUUUGGACAGCCGUUUUGGAUAGCUUAAUCUAUAACCCACCAUGCUUUCAUGGUCGACAACUGUCCGCCACUCAUGAACAAAAUAACCCAUUUGCCUAACACAGAAAUCUGAAUCUAUCAUCCAAAAUCGUAACUGCUUGUCCUGUGUGAUUUAGUGGCCUCCAAAAAGUGUGUGGGGGGGGGGGUUCGAAAGUUGGUUAGCUGAAUCCUGGGUUAUAUAAUCUGGAGUCAAGUCUUGUAAGAGACCAUUGCAAUAUUGUGCGUGUUGGACGUAAACAACAUAUCUUGUCUACAACUUUGAGAAGGUACAGAUAACGCUUUCUAAAAUCCUCAGUUAUUGUGAACAUUUAUUCUUCUAGUUUACGGUUAUUUCAGAUUGAUCCUGUCGUAAAUCUUCUACUAGCAACCCAUCGACAAUAUUUCAUUUUAGUCUUUGUCGUUACGUUGGCUUCGCGUUACUUUUGUUUUAAAUAGCUUGAUCGCGUUUAAAGUGUUAUUUUUCAGGCCAGUGACAUAGCCAAAGACUUAGCAUUAACGUCCUUGUGAUUUUAUAGAGAUAUCUGUAGAACUGAGGAUUUUAGAAAGCGUUUUGUGUACCUUCUCAAAGUUAUAGACAGGAUAUGUUGUUUACGUCCAACACGCAUAAAAUUACAUAACUCAUUAAAGGCCGUUGAGACCGACUCACGCAUAAGAUCAAAUGAAAGUGACAGAAAGAAUUAGAGCAGUUUGCAGUUGUUUUUGCAAACCAUAUACAAAAUUUGCGAACUUUGCAAGGCUAUAUUUUACAACAUUUCGCAACCAAACUUUGCAAUUUUACUAAUUUUAGAUUUUUAGUAUGCUCUUUCCGGGAAUAUACUUUUUUUGCCAAGAUAAAAAAAUAGUCUAUAAUGGGAAUUGUCCAUUGGUACACUGAAAUUCCAUAACCUGGCUAUAACCAGUUAAGAUUUAACUGGGAUUGAAUACACAUUAUUUUCAACUUCUCAGAGACCGACAUUAUGUUUUAAUGUUUAGCUUCAAAUUCCCGACCCCUUUUGGAAUGGUAAACAAAUGAUGUGUUGGACAGAUGAUAGAACUCCGUGGGAUAAAUUUCCUGAUAUAUAUAUUUCACUUUUGUCUUCUAUAACUGGUUCAAAACAGUUUACACUUAAAGUGCCACCACAGGUAUGUAUAUACAAUAUCAUCAUAACUAUUUCAGGGGGUGAUUUCCCAUGCAAGGAACCAUUCAGUAUAUAUCAAAUGCCGAUAUAUCAUGGCUGCUGAAAAAUUCGGAAAUAUGAUGGAGCUAAAAUGUGGAACUCAUUACCUGUAGAUAUGCGUGAUUCAGAUACAUUAUAAACAUUCAUAAAUGUAAUUGACGCAAAUUGACGCUUAUAAUUUCUAAUAUAAUGUUAUUUCAUUUUGUACAUAAUUGUUUUGUAGUUAUUUGUAGUUUAGUGUGUAUAAAGUUUUGUUAUAUUAUAUCAUGUAUAUAGUUGACGGGUCCAGCGUGUGAUCUUUUAAGUAAAGUUUUACCUACCUACCUUUCGAUUGUUUUUGUCUGCGCGGUUAACACGAAGCUGCAAGAGGUGUGCCUUAACAGAUCAUUUGAUUAGCGAUACGAUUCGUUAGAAAAACUGAAAUUAGCUGCAGGCUGCUCCAUUUACUGUUCGGAGUACUCCGGAUUUUCGGAACACUAAUUAAAUCGAACCAAUAAUGGUCACAUGACUGUUCUGACGGUCACAUGACUGUUCUAGCUACCCCUACUUUUGAGUAGGGGCAAUCAGAACAGUCAUGUGACCGUUUUCGGUUCGAUUCGAUUAGUGUUCCGAAAAUCCGGAGUACCCCGAACAGUAAAUGGAGCAGCCUGCUGGGGAAAAAUGAUACGACAAAUUGGUUUGCCUUCACGUUCCUUACAGGCCGAAUGACUGAAGUUCUUACUCCAGAUAUAUAGAGAGCUCACUGAUAAAUGUCCAAAAAUGACGUCACAACUUUGUCUCAGAAAGGGUCUGAAAUCGCUGCGUAGUUAAAUUGAGGUUGUCAUGAAUAUCAAAAUUGACCCUUGUAAGCUCCGCUCUAGCCUCCUCCGCAGGCAUCUCACCCGAGGAAUCGGGUGGUCGGAAUUACAAACCCAUUCGCAGGCUAAAACCCAUAGAGAGGCCUGCAGAGGAGGCUAGCUCCACUCUUUAAACGUUUAAUCUUUUCUUUUUAUUCAAUGUAGCUAUAUUUACGAGAGACAAUUGAAAGAGGCGUGUUCGACUCUCAACGCUGCUAUAAAUUUGCUAUCACAAAAGCAGACAGAGGUACGUGACGUCAUCACCCAAGAAUUUAUUACGGUUGUUUUUCCCACUAAUAUCUGAUUACAUGUCACUAUUUAGGCACUGUGAUUGGUGCAGUCAUUAUGGAAGGUUUUUACGUUGUUUUUGAUCGACAAAAUAGUCAAGUUGGGUUUGCUGCCACAACAUGUGGAGGUCAGAUUCUUAGAUUAUUUUAACUUUUUUUUACAGUUACAGUACAUUGCCAAGAUCAAAUGUUCAUUAAAGGCACAGUUCAGCCUUUUGAACGAUGGUUUUUAAGGCGCAUUUCAGCCCUUUUAAUUGAAAAACUAACUAGGAAAAUCAAUUAAGCAUAAUUCAAAAUCAGUAAACUCGAUGUUUUUAACAAUAAAAAUGUUUUAAAAUGUUAAAAACAUUAAGUUUGGUGAUCUUGAAUUAUGCUUUAUUGAUUUUCCUAGUUAGUUUUUUCAAUUAAAAGGGCUGAAAUGCGCCUUAAAAACCAUCGUUCAAAAGGCUGAACUGUGCCUUUAACAGCUCGUUAAACUUUACUUUGUUUCUCUAGCUGAUGGAAGACCAAACCCACAGUCUCAAGUGUUAGGUCCAUUUUCAAGAGGUCAGUUGUCAAUUUUGCUUUCUAAAUAAACUGAAAGACAAAAUUCCUUUUCCUCCUUUUGACUUCCGCUAUCCGUAAAUUUUCAUCCCGACUGCCCUUACAGGUUUUACCUGUUUUAAACUAUUAAUUGAGAUCUCGGUGAACAGGCCAGCCCGGCAAGAUCUCACUUAAACCGGUUUUCUACUUGGCAGAAUUUUGCGCGCGGAGCGGAAUUUUUCUUAUUGGCUGUAGUAGCGAGUUUGGCAAAUACAACGGCAACGUUAAUGAAGACGUGAUCAUCAACAAUAACAUUUUUACUCUGAAGCAAAGGCGACUAUUUUAUGUGAAUGUCACUGACUAUUGCUACUUAAAGUUGUUUAAUUUAAAAGAAAGAUAAAUACAAAAAAAUUUUGUUUUCUGCCGUGGCCGUUCUUGGUUACCAAACUCGCUGUAUUGGCCUCCACUCGACUCUCAUGUCCCAAUUACAAAUUUUUAAACUUAAACAUUCUUCCCUGCAUGGUUAUACUUUCAUUUUUAUUUCUUAGAUCCAGUUGAUUGUCAGUAUGUAGAAUCGGAAAGUUCCGACGCAGCUUUAUUGACUGUAGCGUACAUCAUGGCAGCAGUGUGUGUGUUAUGUUUGCUACCGAUCUCUGUUUUACUCAUUCAAGCAAGUUUGAAAAGACGUAAUACUACUACUACUAAUAAUAAUAAUAAUGAUAUACAUAACGCCAGUUCAGAAACCAAGCUUACUGAUUCUUCUCAACCUGAGAAAUAUAGUGGAACCUCAAGGACAGAAAGAUAACUGCGUGGAAACUUAACAGUGUUUGCUUUGCCGGUAUACUAACUUGAGAUUAGAUGAACACAAAUGUUACUAGCAAGGCAGGACAUGCGGAUCUUACUCGGACUACGUUCACACGAGACAGGACGAAUUUGGAACCGUUCGCAAAUCCGUCUGGUUUCAUUUAUUCACGGGAAUUCGUACGGUUAGCAUCCCGUGUGAACUCAAAGCCGUGAAAUGUACAAAUAUGAAUAAGGUCUCGAACUGAAUCUGGUCCGUGCAAACGGAGCCACAGAAUAGAGACAAGCAGAGGGUCGACUCGCAAAAACGUAAUCGCGCCACGCCAUGAUUCGUCAUCAAAAUGCUGUCGCCAUGUUCCUAGUCAGUGCGUUUAUGAGAGGCAAUCACCCCCUGAACGUACGCCAUUUUGAAUAUUUUCAGGGGGUGAAUGCUUCUCAUAAACGCACUGGCUAGGGCCCAUGGGCCAUGGCGACAGCACUGAACGGUGACGUGAAAUAGGCAAAACCAAGAAGUCGACCCUCUGUAAGGUUCCUACUCUGUGACGGAGCCUUUUCUUAGUUAAUGACAGGUCCUCAGAUGGUUGAAUUCGAUUAGCUGAGAUAAUCUAGGUAAUAUAGGUAUAGUAAUUAUUAUCAAGUACGUCCAUAGCAGUAGUACUUGGUAUAUUGACAAACAAACAACUUAUUUUCAAACUGGAAACUGAAAACAUCCACUGAACAGCGUCGUGCGUAGAAUAAUUUAAGACGUUGUAUUAGUCUAAGUAAUAUUAGACGUUGUAUUAGUCUAUAAAGUAAAAGCUAAGUAAUCACAUAGUUCCUCGUAAAAUUAAGGUUUAAUUUCACUUGUGUUUUCAAAGUUUCACAAACUUUGAAAACAAGCGAAAUUAAACCUUUAUUUUACGAGGAACUAUGCGAUAACUUGUUAAUCAUAGAGGGCAAAAUUUAUUGUAAGUUAAUUGUGAACUUGUCAAGUUCUUGAACCUCGUAUGUCUCCAUGUCUUCGCCGAUGUUCCUUUAUGCUGCCCAUUUCUUAAAUACUCCAACCCAUAAAUUUGUACUUUUUCCAGUGUUCGUGUUUUCACUGUAGCAGUUUUUAAUUCUUCACUAACAUCAUUAUCCGCAACGACAAAGCGCCGAGAAGCCAUUGUUUUUAUUGCUAUUUAAAACAAGAGACUUCCUGCGCUUUCGUCUCAGCCAAUCAGGUACAAGUAAUUUUGCCCUGAAUUAAGAGAAAAUGCCCUCAUCAUUAGCCAAUCAUAUUUGAGUAAUUUUGCCCUCUAUAUGAUUAUAUAUAAUCCCGCGUAUUUGCCAUGAAGUGGCAAUUCGGGGUAAAUACGCCUCCAAUUGUGCUAUAAUACUGUAUAUUGCACUCGUUAUAGAGUGUAACCAUAGAAAACCCAGGAGACUACUUUUCGAAUGUGUGCAAAAGAUCAUGCAUUAGGUGUGACUACAAAAAUAAACGUUUUCUACUUAUGGAAAACGCGCUAGUACUUUAGAAGUUUGGUGCAGAUAAAUUUUGUUGAAAUUAUUUUAGGAAUCGAAGAAAAGGAAUUAGGACCAGUGGCGGACACUUCGCGAAAUAUUGGAUAUAUAAAUAUAGAGGGGCCUGUACCGGGUUCCGAAAUCCCGCCAUCCCGACCAAUUUUCACUUCACAUCCCGUUAUCCCGCCAUGCCUCAUCCCAAUUUCCCACUCCCGACUUUCUAACACUGUUCAAUGUAUUAUGAUUUAAAGCAUAUCGCCAUGGUAUUUUUAUUAAUCCCACUUCCCGCGAUGGAAUAAAAUCCCGCUUCCCGCCAAUAUUUCUCUUAAAAUCCCGAAUCCCACUUGAAUUUUAGACGCAUCCCGCAAAACCGGUACAGGCCCCUCUAUAUACAACCUUGCACUAAUUUCCCCCGUCCGUAACAUCGCUCUAAGGGGCUGUUUACAUGACCCUGUUUGCCGGGACAGUAUGAUUUUGAUGUAUUGAAGUUCCUAUAGACGAAAGUCCCUUAAAAAUGUUAAACGAACUGAAAUGUUGGUGCCGAGAAGAUCUCGUAGUAACAGCCUUUCGUUUGCAAUUAUACUGUAAUCUAUCACUGGGAAAAUAAUGCAGUUUCACUCAAUCAUGAACCGUGACUUAUUUGAAUAUUUAACAAUUAUUCGCCGAAUGCGAGGUGAUUAUCGGGGAAUAUUCGCCGAGACGAAGUCGAGGUGAAUAUUCCCCGAUAAUCACCGAGCCUGAGGCGAAUAAUUGUUUUAGUAUUUAAGUUUUUUUGUGUUUUUCUGGUCUGAAUUCAUUUUAAUUUCGCUUGUUUCUUUAUCACUAACUUCAACAAAACGGCUAACUGCCAAUUUGAAAAUUUCGAUUUUGUUAUAUUCACCUGUAGGUGAAUAUAACAGAUUAAUACGUCAAAUUUGACCAAUCACCUUGUAGGAUUUGUUAUGUUCACUUGUGCAAAAAUACUAAAUCAAAAUUAUCCCGCCUCACAUCUCGUCCCAGCAAAGCGCGGUCAUGUAAACAGCCCUUAACAUGCCUUUUUUCCAUCCAUCUCAUUAGAUUCAUAAUUCAUAUCUCAGUAUAGAUUCUUGAGAUUAGUUAUAAUUAAUAAACGAUACCAGAAAUAUUACAAUGAUUCUGUACAAAGUACAUACAUGAUAGUUUCAAUAAAAUAAUUAAAAUCUGCCCUCUUCGCUGCACGCUUUUAGAUAAAUGUUUUAAUGACGUUGAAAUCAAAGACAUACCGACCAGUAUGGAGUUAAAGUACACUAUAUAAGCGUAUUUCUAUUUAUAAAUGACUACAUGUACACAAAGCACAAUGAAGACGCUAUAUAUAGGUUUUGUUUCUGACAUGAAAUCAGCAGUAAAAUAAUAAAAUGCUUACUAUGCCCUUCUCUAAACAAUGGACCAUUCCCCCAAUUAACCAAAAUUUUGAGCUCAACAAAUCUAGACGAAAAUUUCAUCACAGCUUGAAAGAGCAUCACAAAAUUAGUAAUAUUCCAAAGUUUCGUUGUAAAAUGCGGAUAAUAUAACCUUGCGAAAUUUGCAAUUUUCAGUCAUUUUAGAUUACAAACGGGAAAUGGUUACCAGUUCUUUGCGUAAUACAAAAUGACUGAAAAUUACAAACUUCGCAAGGCUAUAUUUAUAUCCACAUUUUACAACAUUUUGCAAUGAAACUUUGGAAUAUUACUAAUUUUCUGAUGCUCUUUCAAGCUGUUUAGGCUAGUUAAGAUCAAAAUUUUGGAAAAGUGGUAACCAUUUCCCGUUUGUAAUCUAAAAUGACUGAAAAUUGCAAAUUUCCCAAGGCUUUCCGCAUUUUACAACAUUUCGCAACGAAACUUUGGAAUAUUACUAAUUUUGUGAUGCUCUUUCAUGCCAUGAUGGAAUUUUGUCUACACUUGUUGACAUCAAAAUUUUGGUUAAUUGGGGAAUGAUCCAUUGAUGGAGAGAGACGUGACUUUAGUAGUGAAACAGCAACUUUGGAAUAUGUUAUAAAUUAAAAACAAACUCAUCUCCAGCAAAAACGAAUGUUUGAGCAAACACGAUAUCUACACUUGAUUUAUUACAACUUUUCGCUGUGGUAUCUACAGGAGAGAGAGAUGGUCAAUAUCAGUUGCAUUCAUUUUACUUCAAAUUUUGAUACAGCAGAAAACCUUAAUUUGUACAUUAAUUAUUACAAUAGCCCACAGGUUAAUACAAAGAACAUACAAUAAUAGACACUCGUGAACUGGCUCAACAAAAAUUGCCGCUCAAAAUCGUGAAUGUCAGUAUAUUUUAACAGGAGUUGUUAAUGCCGGUUUGUACUAUAAAGUAAGUCAGGAAAUCAGAUGACAUAAGUGACUGGUCAUAAUUUAUCAGGGGGGUGGGGAGGUGUAAUUCGAAAUUUUAAGGAAUGAUAUUUUGUCACCCUGCUUUACCAUAACCCGGAAAAAUAAUGCCCCUCGUGUCAGUAAAAAUGUACUUACCUACUACUAAACCCUGCAUUCAAUAAAUUUUCUAAUUGCACUUUAAAAUUUCUAAUUUUCCAGUUGCUCUUUAAGGAGGCUACAGUUGCGUGCGGGAUGUUCGCGGGAGCAGUACGUGAACUAUCCCACGCAACCGCAUGAUCAAAACAAAACAAAAAUUGACCACGCUUUUUUGUUGCAUGCCAUAUAUGGCAUGCAACUUUCAUAUAGCUCUAAGGCCUGUUUCAAACGUCGCAUUUCGCAUGUGUCGAAUUCAAUUGCUUGAAUUAUGUGCAUGCAAAAUUCGACGUCUGAAACGAUUAAAUGCGACGUUUUUAAUUGCGGUCGACCUUAACUUUAAAUUCGACCCGACCGGUCGCAUAAUGCGAGCUAAGUGCGAGCUAAAUGCGACCCGUUUCAGACGUCGCAUUUUGCAUGUGUCGAAUUCAAUUCUGCUAGGGUGGGGCUCGCGGAAAAAGUCUGGAACGAGGUAAAAGAAGGACAGCAUGU